GUUUUUCAGAAAUUUUAUGGAAUGGGUAACAGUAAAAGCCAGUUGACAAAAUCUGAAUUGCAAUAUUAUAAAGAAUUAACAUAUCUGACGGAGAGUGAAAUACAAUAUGCAUUUAAAAGGUUUAAAAAUCUACAGCCAAGAAUAUUGAACAAAGAUAAGAAUGCAAGGAUACCAGUGGAUCUCAUAAAGAGAAUGCCAGAGUUUCAGAACAAUCCGUUCAAGGAGAGGAUUUGCGAACUGUUCUCCUCCACCAACGAUGAUACCUGGUCUUUUGAAGAUUUCCUGGAUAUGGCUUCUGUAUUCAAUACUGAUUCUCCAGCCGAUAAGAAGGCAGAAUAUGCUUUCAGUAUCUAUGACGGAGAUGGUGAUGGUUACUUAUCAAGAGGAGACCUCAAGGACUUGAUCAACUUGCUGACUGGAAGUGAUAAUUUGGAUGAGCAGGAUAUCGAUGACGUCAUCGACAAGGUGAUGGAUGAAGCAGACAUUGAUAAAGAUGGAAUGCUCUCUCCCGGUGAAUUCAAGCAUGUCAUCAUGAAGUGCCCGGAUUUCGCUAGGAGUUUUACAAUCAGAAUUUAAAGAUAACUGAACAGAAUAAGCCAAACUUCAACUGUGAUAUGCAACUGCUGUAAUAAGCCUAUAAGUACAAAUACAUCAUGUUGAUCUCACAUAAUAAAAACAAUGCAUCUUUCGAGGUUCAUAUUUUUGACCUCAAACAGGA